AUGGAGGAAACUUCAACUCAUCGUCAAAACGGCCCUCGGCCAAACUUCGUUAACAAUACCCAAGUUGAGGGUAUUGUAGAAGAAGCCUCGGAUGACAAUGAAGCACGGUUUGCUAAUAAUCAUCCAAACGAACCUAUCACCCCAGGGGUACAGCCGGAGAUCCCUAUAAGCUCAAUUCUGCCCCCAGGAGAAACCCCAAUCUCCUUGUAUGUCAGAUCUCAGGGGGCGUUGAAUGCUAUGUAUACACAGCUGUGUGCACAAACUGCCCCCCAAACUCAAUCACGAAGGCCUGUAUCCCAUGUUAGGACACCGUCGGUACCUCAUGUUUCUCAACAUGUUGGUCCAUCCCGAGUUCAGAUCGAAGACACGGAUGUUUACUCUAGAUCUCCUUCAAGAUACGAGUAUACUCAGUCAGAAAAUCGCCGAAGAGAGUAUCGAGACGAGUCACACCCUCAUAGGAGACCUUCAGUUCACACCAGACCACGCGCGGUUUACAAUCCGGAGGCUGAGCACAACUAUGAUCUGAUCUAUCGUCCUGCUGAAGCGGCGGAGAAUUCAAAAUUUAUAAGUGAAAUCGCUCUGGCUCCGCUAGAGAAAGAAAAGCUCCCGUCUACCGUUGGCAAGUUCAACGGAAUGACAGACCCUGACGAUCAUCUGCGAGUCUUUACAAGCGCAGGACUGGUAGGAGGCUGGACCCUACCAAUGUGGUGCCACCUCUUCGUUCAGACCCUUACAGGUGCUGCAAGAAUAUGGUUUGACAACUUGCCCAUUGGGAAAAUCACGUCAUGGAUAGAUCUGCGCAAGAAGUUUCUGGUCCAUUUCAGCCAGCAAAGACGAUCCAUCCGCGACACUGCGGAUGUGAUGAACAUCUGGCGUCAUGAUGAUGAAAGUCUGGAAGACUUCAUUACUCGCUAUAAUAAGGAGGUACUCGAGAUCGGGGACGUUCAUGAGCAGUUGAUUUGCGCCCAAUUUAAGUAUGCAGUCAGGUGCGAUGAUAUGAUAAAAGUCCUGUCUGGAACGGAAGGACUCCCGAAGAGUUGGGAAAAAGUGAUGGCGGCGGCUAAGGUCUACGCACAAACAGAAAAGAAUCUCACCACCAACAGGCCGCCACCACCACAUAACCGACCCUCAGAUUUAGGCUCAAGUGGCGGGAGGAAAUUUAAGAAAGGUUGGCGCGAUUCAAGCUCGGGGAACUAUUCAUCCGAGGAUGCUCGAGCCACAAUCAACAAACUUACCGCACAAAGGGAAGCCAAGCAAGAGAACAGGGAGAUACAAUGGACUCCCUUAACCAAAACUCCUGUGGAAGUUCUAAGCACAGAGGAUUACCAGUUUAAACCUUCGCCACCCAUGAAAAACAAACGCGGACAAGACCCGAGUCAGUAUUGUGAAUACCACAAGGACAACGGGCAUACUACUAAUAAUUGCAUCUCUUUGCGCACAGAAAUUGAAAAAGCACUUAAGAGUGGUGAGCUCACUCACUUACUACAAAACGUGUGCAAAGAAAUAAAGCAAAUCACUCGAGGCGAAGAAGGCCCGAGCAAAAAAGCGAAAAACUAA